AUGGCUGGGCGAGUAUUAGCCAAAUUUGUCGUCUCUUCUUUUACUGCUGUUUUGUUCUUCCUGUUGCUCUCUGCUAUGCAGUGUUCAGGACUGAUUUGUGGACAAUUUGAAUAUCCCUUACAUAAAAGAUGCUGCAAAGAGUGUGCUCCUGGUGAGGGAAUGAGAAACCGCUGCUCGCCAUCAUCAGGAACCGAGUGCGUCCCCUGCCAAGAUGGAUACUAUAACUCAAAGCAUAAUUACUAUUCGUGCAAAAGCUGCACCAUCUGUGACACAGAUAGGGGAAGCAUUGAGGUGAAGAAGUGCGAUAAGAUCACAGAUACAGUUUGCGUGUGCAUGAAGGGUUACACUCCAUACGACAGCGGAUCGUCAGAGGAAUCUCCAUCAGGAAACGAAUGCUUCCCUUGUCCUGAUGGGCAUUUUUCCAAUGGAAACAAUGACAGAUGUUGGCCCUGGACCAACUGCACCGCUUAUGGUAAAAAGACUCUGAGAGCUGGGACAAAAAUAGAAGAUGCCAUCUGUGAUGACCAGGACAAACAGGCCACCACACUCCAAACAUCCACCUCAUACCUCUCUAUCAUCAGCCGCAGAAGCAAUGGAUCUACUACAGCACCCACCCCCUUCACGUCCAAAGACACCCUUUCCACCACUCCCGUUAUAAAGGAGACUAACUGGGGGUCUUUAUCGCUCAUUUUGAUUUGCUUAACGUUGCUCAUGGUAUCUGGAAUGUCCAUCCUCCUCUUGAUUAUCCAGACGACCAAAAAGGAGAAGCCAAAGAGGCCUCCUGUGAAUGGACAACUUGAUGGAAGGAGCUUUCGAAUUCCUAUCCAGGAAGAGCAAAUCGACUCCAAUUCCAGCCUCAUCAAAAACUGA